AUGUUAAAAAUGGAAGGUGUUGAAACAAUUGACUUAACUCAAAUUGAUGCUUUUGCCCCAAAUCAUAUUAGCUUGCCUAUUGUAUUAACAAUUGCAGGGUCUGAUUCCUCUGGUGGUGCAGGUAUUGAAGCUGACUUGAAAACAAUUACAGCUCAUGGUUGUUACGGUACUACUUGUAUCAAUGCAUUAACUGCUCAGAAUACCACAAGAGUUUAUGAUCUGUUUGAGAUACCUUACGAGUUUUUAAUUAAAAUUUUGGAUGCAAAUUUUAGUGACUUGAAAAUUGACUCGAUUAAAACUGGAAUGCUAAGUGAAAAUGGCAUUCAGGCAUUAAAAGACACUUUAAUCAAAUUCAACUAUAAAAAUUUUUUGGUUGUUGAUCCUGUUAUUGUUAGCACUUCAGGCUUUGAUUUAUCAAAAUCUGAAAACUUAAAGUUGAUGAUUGAUUGUCUAUUUAAAUACUCGACUUUGAUUACUCCAAAUUACGAAGAGGCCAGGGAAAUCUUAUCAAUUGUUGAUUCAGAUUAUUAUAACAAGAAAUUUGCUAAAAAAUCAAAUGAUGAUAUUAAUACUAAAGAAAUUAACAAAAUCCAAGAUAUUCAAGAAAUGUGUAUUAAAAUAACAGAAAGCUCAAAAGCUAAAAAUAUUUUGAUUAAAGGUGGCCAUAUUCCUUGGGUUAUUAAUAAUGAUGAAAAAAAUUAUAUAACAGAUAUUUUAUAUCAAUCCGAAAGUAAAAAAUUUGUAAUUUUCAAAUCAUUGUUUGUGGACAGUAAAGCGACUCAUGGAACUGGAUGCACAUUAUCAUCAUCAAUUGCAUCGAAUUUAGCGAGGGGAUUGACAUUGAUUGACUCUGUUGGUAAUUCAAUUAAUUAUGUUCAUAGUGGUAUUGUUCAUGCAGACAAUUCGAUUGGUAAAGGUUAUGGGCCAUUAAAUCAUUGUUAUCAAUAUCAAUUUGAUUUUAACGGCGAAAAUAAUAAGUUGAUGAAAUUUGACAAAUUUAAUGAUGAAGUAAUGAUUUCGCAUCCUUUUGAAAAGGGUGGGUUUUUAAAAUAUCUACUCAAUCAUCCAUUAAUUUCAGAAAAAUGGGAAACUUAUACUCAUCAUAAAUUUAUUAAAAGAAUGGGGAGUUUAAAGUUAAAGCUUUCGAAUUUUAAAAUUUAUUUAAAACAGGAUUAUUCAUAUUUGUUAAACUAUGCUAAGAUUCACUCAUUAGCUUUAUCAGUUGCACCGGAUUUAAUGUGUAUUGAAAGAGAAGUUGAGAUAUUGAGUACGAUUAUCAAUGAAAUCAAUCAACACAAGUUAAAACUAUUUAAGAUUGGAUAUUCAGAAGAUGAAUUGGACAAUAUCAAAUUGAAUGAUGCAUGUUUGAAUUACAAUUCAUAUUUAAUGAAUAUAGCCAAGAAUGGAGGAGAUUGGUUAGAGAUCAAUAUGGCAUUGGCUCCUUGUUUACAUGGAUAUAGAGUAGCAGCAUUAUAUGGUAAGGAGCUAUUUGAUAAAAACUUUCCCAAUGACGAUGAUAUUGAGCAUAAAAAUGAUCAAGAAGAUGAGUAUAAGUUAAAAAAACAAUUGUAUAAACAAUGGCUUUAUGAUUACGCUGAAGAUUGGUAUGAACAAGCAUGUUUGGAUGGAGAAAAUUUACUUAAUACACAUGUUUUUGAAAAAGAUGAAAAUAAAAUUAAUGUGAAUAGAUUGAAUAGAUUGGUGAAGAUCUUUGCAGAUGUUAUACAAUUGGAAGUUGAUUUUUGGAAUGAAAUUGUUAGCGGGAGCGAUGAACAAGAUGAUGAUAACUGA